UUCCGCUUUUGAAGGUAAUUUUCUUUCUUGUUUUCAACGCCGCUUUGUCUCCCAAACCAUCCCAUCAUCUCUCGAGUUUGACCAAAACAAAAAGGGUACAUAAACAUGCAGCUGAUACGUCAGAAUCUUCGUUUGGAAUUGUUCAACAGCGUGCGGCUGCUCUGAAACUUUCUGGGUUUUCUGUAUUCCGCCGCUUUUUGAUGGAUUCUGCUGCCUCUCAUUUGGUGCGGUGCUGGAUUUCUAGCUUCCCAAUGAGUUUUCAUGUGUGUUUUCAGGAAUUGAUGAUUUGGGAUUAUUUGAAAUACACGGGCUGUUCAAGUUGAUAAGUAAUAUUGAUUUCUGUUUCCAUUGGAUCUAAAGAGCCGUACCUUUCCUGUAUAUAUUUGACUUCCACCAUCUUUGGCGUUUGUAAUAUAUUUGGACCAAAAGUUAUUGAUUUGACAACAUACAGAUUUGCAGUUGGGAGGCAGCCUGCAGUUUUUUUGUUGGACCCGAAAAAUGAUUGGUUAGAGGUUUUAUAUGAUUGGUGGGAAGGUGGAUUCAGGAUUUUAAUGCUUAUAUUUGACUUUGAUAUAAUUGCAGACUUGUAUUGGUAGUUUUAGAUUGAUCAUAUUAUAAAAGCUAUACGACUAUGGAGCUACCUGAUGAGGAAGCCGUCACAAACGGAGAGGCGGAGGAAAUGGACAAAGGGCCCUCUGCGGAGGCUCCUCUUCAGGAGCCCCAUUCCUACCGGAGUCAUUUUGGGGGGAUGGUGAGGAAGAAAGCUUAUAUCUUUGAUGGUCUUGGAAAUUUUUACAACAAGGAAUGGGAUCUUACAGAAGGUAGAGGCAAUGAGUUCUGUUGGUACCAUGUUGAACUUCCAAAAGGACAUCAGAAGCUUUCUCAGUCUGCACAAUACCUCAUUGGUGUUCUUUGCCCGCCUUUGAAACUCCAGGAUAUUCUCUCUCUUGUCAGCAAUGGACCAUUUUGUGGGUAUGUUGAUGGGGCUCUGGUCUUCAGAGUCAACUCUCCUGGCCCUCCCUCCAGUGAUUUCACAUUUAGAAUUGCUGCUAGAAUUACUAAGAAUUCAGUGAUCACUGUGUCUUUGGGCCGGGUUCCCAGAUUGGGUUUCUCACCGGUGGGUCAAUCUCUUCUCUCAGAGAUUCCUAGUGUGGAGAGUCCCUCAUAUCAUAGAGGUGAGCAGAGGGAAAAGAGCGGGAUUGUCAUAGGGGAGCAUGUUCUUGAGUUCUUAUUGACAAUGAAUCACUCUGAGGAAGCCGAUAAUCCCGUGCCAAAAUCUGUCUCAAAUCUUGUAGUUCAUAUUGUUGACACGCAUGUGGACCACCUCCAAGAUGUUGUGACUAAACUUGAGAUAGAGUUGGAUUCUGUUGAGCUUCAGAUGGAUAAAGGUGGGCUUGCUUUAAAGAAACAAAUGCUGGAUGACAGGAGAUUUCCUAAAAUGCAUCUAGAUCUGCAGCGGCUCCUACAGGUGAUUGCUCAUGGGGAGCAAGUUUUUCCUCGCGUCAGAGAAAGAUGUUCCUCUAAGCAAUGGUUUUUGAGUGAAGAUAUUACCUCUCUUGAAGAGCUGAUCGGACGGUUGAGGAGGCUAAAGGAGAAUGUAGGCUUUAUAGCAAAUCGUGUCACGGCGAUACAGGCUGGUCUAGACAGUUGGCAAGCUGAGCAGAUAAACAGGAAACUGUAUUAUCUCUCAUUCCUAUCUAUAAUAUUCCUUCCUUUAUCCAUCGUGACCGGAGUGUUUGGCAUGAAUGUGGGGGGAGUUCCAUGGACGGAACAAAAGGACCCGACGGUGAAAGAUGGUUUCCGUAAUGUCAUGUUACUCUGUGUAGCUAUGCUUCUUCUGGCACUUCUCUGCUUCAGCUUUCCUGUUUUUUAUACCCGAAUAGCUGCUUGGCACAGGAGAAGAGUCAUGAAGAGGAGCUGGUCCCUCAACAGGAAGUCAUACCUAAAGAGAACCCAUGGAAUUGAAGCUCAAGAAAGAAAGGGCUACCUCCGCAUUUGAGGAAAGCAUCUAGAUUUGCAAUCGAAGAUUUCGGUUGAGCACUUGCUGUUAUCUGGACAACCAAGAGGAAAAGUUGGAGAUUUCUCGUUGGAGACGGCCUGUUCUUUUGAUGGUUUUGUUUCUUUACUUGAUUUAUAGUUCCUCCAUUUUUUCACCUUGGAGGUCAGCUUGUAAAUGUACAGUCUCUUGUAUAAUAUGUUUAAUACUGCUGCAGAUGGUGUUGUACAAUGUCCACUCAAAAGAUUAACGGCUUCAUGAUCAUAAGCAAACAUUCCUUUCAACUGUAGUAAGGAUUUGGGACUCGGGGAAUAAGCUGUUUCCAGUUUCAUUUCGUUUACGAAUUGCUCUUUUUCGACGAAAAAAUGAAAGAAAGAAUUUAGCAGUUUCAAAUGA